GAAGAGGGGGGGUCUGCGCGGCGGCGGCGGGGCCGGGAAGGUCGGGGACGGGCCGGGGGAUACUCACAGCUCCGCACGCCUCCUGCCCCCGCGACACUGGCCCGGUCCCCCGGGCUCCAGCACUAAGCGUCCGCCCCGCAAGCUGCAGAGCCCGCCCGGAGCGGUGAGGACUGCGUGCGGGCCACAGAGAGCCCUUUUUUGGAGGGAUGACUCGAGAUGAAGAAGAGGACGACGAGGACGAGGAGGAAGAAGCCCCGUGGGGCCGUGGGAGCUCCAGGUUUGAGGGUCCCCAGCCCCCCGAGGAGUUUGGCUUCGGCUUCAGCUUCAGCCCAGGAGGAGGGAUGCGUUUCCAUGAUAACUUCGGCUUUGACGACCUAAUUCGGGAUUUCAAUAACAUCUUCAGCGAGAUGGGGACCUGGACCUUGCCUUCCCGCCUUCCGGAACUCCCGGGUCCUGGUCCUGAGUCUGAGACACCCGGUGAGAGGCGACGGGAGGGGCAGACACUCCGGGACUCGAUGCUUAAGUAUCCAGACAGUCAGCAGCCCGGGACCUUCAGGGGGGUCUUGGAGAGUGACGCGAGAAGCGAAUCCCCCAAACCAGCACAGGACUGGGGCUCCCAGAGACCUUUCGGUGUGUUCGAUGAUAUGUGGCCUAUGACCCCCCGUUCUAGAGCCAGAGAAGACAAUGAUCUUGAUUCCCAAGUUUCCCAGGAGGGCCUCGGCCCAGUUCUCCAGCCUCAGCCCAAAUCCUAUUUCAAAAGCGUCUCGGUGACCAAGAUCACUAAGCCAGAUGGGACAGUAGAGGAGCGCCGGACUGUGGUGGAUAGUGAGGGCCGGACAGAGACCACGGUAACCCAUCAGGAAGGAGAUGGCCGUCCUAGAGAUGAUCCAGAGUCACCAAAUCCUGCAGCCCUGGAUGGUGCCUAUUCCAUCCUGGAUUUAUUUCUAGGACGCUGGUUCCGGUCCCGGUAGACUUGUCAACCCUCAGAGGCCUUCAGAUUCUUUCCACCCUUGGCGCACCAUCAGUGGGCUUACCUUUCCCUCCUGCCGCCUCAGGGCCUUGGGUGUGAAGAACAGUGAAUUGGGGGUAUGUCAGUAUGUGACUCGCCCAAACUGACCAAUAAAACCUUUAUUUAUGCUAA